CAACCCCUUCCAUUUCCCCUUCGCCAUCUUCGUUUGUCUUUAAUUGAUCAGGGUUGUUGAUAUUAAUUUAGAGAUUUCAAGGAGGUCAAAUAUGAAGAUUGAUGUCCAAGUAAUCUCCAACCAAAACAUUAGGCCAUCUUCUCCGACUCAGCUCCACCUCCGCCGCUACCAACUCUCCUUUCUUGAUCAAAUCAUGCCCCCUUGUUUCAUGCCUUGGGUUAUGUUCUUUCCCAAAGAGAACCUCACCAACAGUUUAGAACCGAGUGAGAAGUUAAAGAAAUCUUUGUCCGAUGCUUUAACUAUUUUUUACCCGUUAGCAGGACGCAUCAAGGACAAUGCUUACGUUGACUGCAACGACGAAGGGGUCUACUUUGUCGAAGCCAAGGCCAAUCGCAACCUGUCUGACAUUCUUGAAUGUCGAGAUCCCGGUGAUAAUCAUAACUUCAUUCCUCUUGAGCUCCAUGGUGGUGAUGAGUUACCCCUCAUGGUCCAACUCACCUAUUUGGAGUGUGGCGGCCUGGUGGUCUCUGUCGGUAUGUCACAUAAGGUUGGCGAUGCCAUGUCGCUCUUCAUAUUCCUCAACUCCUGGGCCGCCACGGCGCGCGGGAACACUGAGAUAAUAAGUACUCCUCUUUUUGAUUCGGCCGAGCUGUUUCCACCGAAGGAUAUCUCCGGGUUUCAGCCAAGGACUGGAAUUGUUAAGGAAAAUAUUGUUACUAAAAGGUUUGUGUUUGACGCAUCUUCAGUAGCGAUACUGCGAGAGAAAUAUACUUGUGAUGGGAAGCGUCCGACUCGAGUGGAGGCUUUAUCUUCCUUCAUAUGGAACCGGUUCAUGGCCGCCACACAACCAAAAACUGAUGAGGGAAAGCUGUACACUGUGCUUCAUGCAGUCAACUUGCGACCGCGAAUGAGCCCUUCACUUCCAAACCACUACUUCGGAAACCUUACGCGGGUGGCAAUCACAGAGCCGCAAAGAAUUGGAGAAGAUGGAUUUUAUGACAUUGUUCACAAGAUGAGCGAGGCAGUAAGGAAAGUGGAUGAGGAGUUUGUAAAGAAGCUCCAGGAAACGACCGAACACCUAAAUUUCAUCAAAAAGAGAGGUGAAAGUGUGAUGAAAGGGGAGGUGGUAAGUUUUAGCUUCACCAGUUUGUGUAGGUUUCCUGUAUAUGAUACUGAUUUUGGAUGGGGAGAGCCUGUGUGGGCUGGGGGAGCCCGUUUGCCUUUUAAGAAUUUGGUUAAUUUCCUUGACACUAAAAGUGGGGAUGGGAUAGAGGCAUGGAUCAACUUGACGGGGGAAGACAUGGUCAAGUUUGAAGCAGACAGAGAGCUUCUAUCAUAUGUUUCUUCGUCCCCAAAUGUCAAAGUUUCUGGUGUUAAUUAAUUACUGUGACAUAUAUUUUAUUUGUGAGUUUUUAUCUUUCUUCGUCCCCAAAUGUCGAAGUUUCAGGUUUCAAAUUAAGUUGUAAUAAAUUAAAGUAUCUCUU